AUGUGUGUUUUUCAGGCCCAUAUAUACCACUCAAGAUGGUCGAUCUGCUGUGAAAAUGACAGGUUUUUGGGCAUGUUGGUGGACAGUUGCUUCUUUCAAGCUCUGAUGAGUGUCUUGAGCAAAAGGUUGGAACUAGGUGUUGACGAAUUCCUAGUUUCACCCAUAAACAUGAAAUCAGAACCGAAGAACCGAUUGCAUUCAAUCAUGCCUGUUAAUUUGCGAGACAAAUCAGCCAUCAAUUUUUGCAUGUUCCCAAAAGUGAAGUCAGCAGGCUAUAGUCCAGGCAACACACCUGUUUAUCUGAAUGUGUAUGACUUGACACCCGUGAAUGGCUAUUUCUAUUGGGCUGGUCUUGGUGUAUUUCACACUGGGGUGGAAGUGUAUGGCGUAGAAUAUGCAUUUGGAGCUCAUGAAUAUCCAACAAGUGGUGUCUUUGAGAUUGAACCCCGACAAUCUCCUGGCUUCAAGUUCAGAAAGUCAAUCUUCAUCGGGACGACAGACUUGGAUCCAAUCCAGGUUAGAGAAUUCAUAGAGUGCCAAUCUGCAAGCUACAAUGGCGAUACAUAUCACUUGGUUGUGAAGAACUGCAACCAUUUCUGUGAAGACAUAUGUUACAAACUGACUGGGAACCGGAUCCCAAAGUGGGUAAAUCGGCUAGCAAGGAUAGGUUCCCUGUGCAACUGCAUCCUUCCAGAGACCCUCAAAGUUUCUGCAGUACGGCGUGACUCAGAUUUCCAAGGCAAUGAUAGUGAAAAGAAGGGUCUAAGAAGCUCCUUCAGUUGCUUUUCAUCAAUUUCAAUGCAUCAGAAGGAGAGUGAAGUAUCAAUAUCUUCAUUGUUCCUACAGUCUCAUUAUGACGACUGCUUACCACCAUGGGAAUUGGAAAAAUCUAGAAAUGACUCUUUGAAGAAAGGGUAGGUCCAGUAUCUUCAUUGUUCCUACAUUCUCACUAUCAAUAUCUUCAUUGUUCUGGAUUCCAACAUCAUUCGCACAGCAGGUCCUAUUUUUGUCAUCCAUGAGAUUCCUUGAUAAUCCAUGGUUGGAAUGAAAAUGCAGAAAGCUGUAUACUAUUUUCGGGCUUUUCCUUUCCCGCGCGUGUGGAGUGGUGCUUGUUGUCUGUGUAAGAUUGUAUCUGGUAGUUAUUUCAAGGUGUGAAGUCAUGUUUUCGAAGCAGAAGCAGAAGCAGAUCCCAGGUGAAUUGCUUCAUUGUCCUCGAUAUAACUAUCUAGCCAGUUCAUGUUUCUUGAUCUCCAAUUUAUCCUUUGGACAUUGAUUUGCAUGUGACUUGAAUGUAUCUUUUUGUAUCCUCCAACUUUUGUGAGAAUUGAUGUUGCAUUUCCAUCUUGUGACCUUAUAUUGAUCCAAUUGAAAUAUUGUCCUGU